AACCAAAAUCGUAAUCGUAGUGAGUGCUAUUAAAUAAUUGCAGAGUCGAAAACCUGUGUCUUCUCUUCGUCGGAUAACGACAUUUCGAAAUCCUGCUAGAAAUACCGCGUACUCUUCUCGAUCUUGAAUCUUGAUCAGCUGACCUGCACCGUAUAAAUAUACGUCCCUUUCUCUUUCACAUUCAACAAAGUAAGCUUUAACGCGCAGAGAGGAACAGAGCUCUCAGAAAUGGGCAUCUCAGUCCCAAGCUUUUUCAAAGAGCGAAAAUUCCCUUUCAUCUUCACUCUCUCACUCUUGCUCGUCUGCUUCACAGUCCUUCUCUUCACCAACACCAACACCCCUGACCCUCACUUCUUCUAUUCCGAUGUUCAAACGUCGUCGUCUGCACAACCCAUCGUCAUCGCUUCUCCUCUACCCGCGCAAGCAUCAAACCCCAUCACAGCUCCGCCCAUCCAAAACGGUCCCGUUUGGGAUGAGACUAGCAUCCCUGUUUCUGUGAAUUUCAAUUGGAGACUCUGUACGGGAUCGGUGGCUGUUGAUUACAUACCGUGCUUGGACAAUUUCCAGGCGAUCAAGGCCUUGAAGUCGAGAAGGCAUAUGGAGCAUCGCGAGCGGUAUUGCCCGCAGCCGAGCCCCAGGUGUCUGGAGCCGCUUCCGAAAGGUUACAAGGUGCCGGUUCCGUGGCCUGAGAGCAGGGACAUGAUAUGGUAUGACAAUGUUCCUCACCCAAAGCUUGUUGAGUACAAGAAGGACCAAAAUUGGGUAAAGAUGUCUGAUGAUUAUCUUAUUUUUCCUGGCGGUGGUACUCAGUUUAAGGAAGGAGUUAAUCACUACACUGACUUCAUCGAAAAGACUUUACCAGUUAUUGAAUGGGGGAGGCAUGUAAGGGUUGUUUUAGAUGUUGGUUGUGGUGUUGCUAGCUUUGGUGGCUAUUUGCUGGACAGAAAUGUUAUUACCAUGUCAUUUGCCCCAAAAGAUGAACAUGAAGCUCAGAUACAGUUUGCUCUUGAAAGGGGAAUUCCUGCUACUCUCUCGGUUAUUGGAACACAGAGGCUGACAUUUCCCGACAAUGCAUAUGAUUUGAUUCAUUGUGCAAGGUGCAGGGUUCACUGGGAUGCAGAUGGUGGGAAACCACUAUUGGAGCUCAACAGGAUUCUUAGGCCUGGAGGUUUUUUCAUAUGGUCUGCUACACCGGUUUAUCGUGAUGAUGAAAGAGAUAAGCGUGUAUGGAAAUCUAUGGUGGCUCUGACAAGAUCAAUGUGCUGGGAUGUUGUCGCUAAGACUGUUGAUUCAACUGGAAUUGGGCUUGUAAUAUAUCGGAAGCCUAUCUCAUUUGUACGAUAUUUUAAACGCAAAGAAAAUAAACCACCUAUUUGUGGUCCUAAAGACAGGAAAAACAGUUCAUGGUAUGUGCCACUCAGUACUUGUGUUACCCUACCACCUCGAUCUAGCUGGCCCUUACCCUGGCCCAACAGGCUUACCAGUAAACCUCCGAGCCUAGCUACUAACCCAGAAGCUGAGGAAAUGUUCUACAAGGACACCAUACAUUGGUCUGCACUUGUGUCAGAUGCCUAUGUUAACAAUGCUGCUAUAAACUGGUCAAGCGUGCGGAAUGUAAUGGAUAUGAAUGCUGGUUAUGGAGGAUUUGCUGCGGCACUUACCGAUCAACUUCUCUGGGUAAUGAAUGUCGUCCCCGUUCAUGUACCAGAUACUCUGUCCGUCAUUUUCGACAGAGGGUUGAUUGGAAUUUACCAUGACUGGUGCGAGUCUUUGAAUACCUACCCUCGAACAUAUGAUCUACUGCAUUCCAGUUUUCUCUUUGAAAACCUUUCGCAAAGAUGCGACAUGAUAGAUGUAGUGGUGGAAAUGGAUCGCAUAUUAAGGCCUGGUGGGUAUUUAGUGGUUCAGGACACAAUGGAAAUGAUAAGCAAGAUGAGGCCAAUUUUGCAUUCGCUUCACUGGUCGACAGCCCUCCACAAAGAUCAGUUUCUUUUUGGUAAGAAAGGUUUCUGGCGUCCAGGAAGAGGUUCAAGUAAAUCAUGAUUGAAGGUUCUGAUCUUUUUUUCGCCUGUACAAUCAAAUCUUAUAUCAUAUAUUAAUCAAUUGUAAGAUAGAAGUAGAAGGUUUUGAAUUUUUAGUUUUUGACUCCCAAAAUAAGCGUCCACGGUCAUAGAGAAGAAAUUAUUUCCAUAGUGGUAAUGACACAGCUUCAGGCAUUUUUACAAUC